CGGGGCCCGAGCACAACCUCUGCACAGCCGUAGCCGGGGGUGCGAAGUUUCGCUUCGCCUGACGCGGCUGCCGGCGCCGGGUGAACUUCGGCCGUCUCUCGUCGACGGGGCAGAGGAACCGCGCAAAGAACAAAACGAAGCCCGAGAGAAUAUUCGCGGCGUUUAAUUCGUUCCUCUCCAGGCAAUCCCAGCCCGCCGUCGUUUCUCAACGGUGCGUGUGGUGUAAAUGCUGUCUUUCUGCAUACGCGCCUCCCAGUACUGGCUCGCCAUCUCGACGUCUCCGGUGACCGUGGUGUUUUUGCCGUUCAAACAGGAUUCUACCGUCUAACUGACGUCGUUGUCGCUGACGGGACUGCUGUCGUCAUCGGCGGAGUGACUUGUGCGAUCGCGCCUUUGCUUAGCUUCCUACAUACUGUUUUGUUUCCUUCACCUAUCGCUCGCUUGACAAAUCAUUCGUGACUUCAGCGUUCUCUGACCGCGGCUGAGUCGUUUUAGCGCUUGGGGAAAAAAGUACACCGUGCUCUCCCGAAGGACGUCCCUUCGCUGCCUCGCCCGCGUAGCACUGGCUGAACGACGCCGGUCGGUGCCGGAGAUCCGCGGGCCCUAGAAGGUCAAAUCUACAACCCUUCUUGCCGAAGAAGGAACGGAAGAGGUCAGCGCUGGGCGUCACUGCAAGCCUAGAAAACUGACAUCUACCCAAGAUGACGUGGGCCCGGUCGUCCACGGCCAAGAGGCCGCUCGCCCUCGUUCCGGGCCCCGCGAGGGCCGACCCCCAGCGGUGCAACCUCAGCGGGCGUCCCAUCGCCUGACCGGCGGCCGUGCAGCGGCUGCGGCGGCGGCCAUGGGCGCUCACCCUCACCAGCAACGAACCCCGCCGCUGGGAUCCCGCUGCGCGCGCAGGCGCCGCUGGCGGGACCCGCGGCUUGUCUUCCUGUCGGCCAUCCUGGUCUUCGGAGGCCUCAGUUACCUGCAGGCGCCUUCCUCGCCCGGCUGCGGGACCGACGUGACCCGGCACGGCGAAGGCUUGGAGCCGCUGGGCCGGCUGUCCUGGAGCUCUCGGUCCCUGCUGAACAGCGCCGUCGGCAACGAGAGCGACGUCAAUGGCACCGCCGUCAAGAAGAGCGCCCAGUUCCCCCAGGACCUGUUCACCGAGGAGCAGCUUCGGCGGGGCGCCGUCAUCCUGCACGUGAUGGGCAUGGUGUACAUGUUCGUGGCGCUGGCCAUCGUGUGCGACGAGUUCUUCAUACCGGCGCUGGACGUGAUCACCGUGAAGCUGGACAUCUCCGAGGACGUGGCCGGUGCCACGUUCAUGGCCGCCGGCGGCUCGGCGCCCGAGCUCUUCACCAGCGUGAUCGGGGUGUUCAUCUCGUUCGACGAUGUGGGCAUCGGCACCAUCGUGGGGUCGGCCGUGUUCAACAUCCUGUUCGUCAUCUCCAUGUGCGCCAUCUUCUCCAAGUCGGUCCUUCAGCUCACCUGGUGGCCGCUGUUCCGCGACGUGAGCUUCUACUCGGUGAUCCUCAUCAUCCUGAUGCACUUCUUCCGGGACAGCAUCAUCUACUGGUGGGAGGCCCUGGUGCUGCUCUGCUGCUACGCCUCCUACGUGACCUUCAUGAAGUUCAACGAACAUGUGGAGAAGAUGCUCAAGAAGCUCCUCAAUCGCAACAAGGUGACGCGUGUGGGCAGCACGGAUCACCUCAUGCCGCAUGCGGUCAAGAGGAAGCAGUCGGCGGCGUCGGAGCUGCGCGCCCUGCGGCGGAUGCAGUCGGUGGUGCUGGAGGGUUCGGCGCCGGGCGAGGAGGGCCAGGCGCUGCCGCCCCUCUCCGCAGCCGUGGCGGCCGGGGAAGGGCCCUUAGCGCCCCCGGCGCCAGACAGCGCGCUAGAGCCAGACAACGGCGUCGAGGACGACGACAGUGUGUAUCAGCCCCCGUCCCCCCCACCGAUGGCGAGAAGGAGAAUGAGCGCUCCCAUCCUCCACUCCGGCAGCAAGUUCCGGCACGGACUGCUGCAGCUCCUCAUCCACUCCAUCGACCCCCUGCACGAGCACGAAGGGGAAGCCAAUGCCAAGCUGGACGAGAAGGCGUCCCAGCUGCACACUAUCGCGUCCCUGCGCGUGUUGCUGGACGCGACCAAGCCCGGCGGCGAGGGCCAGUCCUCCUCGGGCGUGGCCAAUGGCGGUCCCCCCCCGGCCCCCAUCGGGGGCUGCCCUCGGGGGGGAACCCAGGAUGGCAGCAGCGGCUCCGCCGAGACGCGCCUCACCAGCCUCAGCAACAGCGAUGCCCUCGUGCGCGUCGACUCCGUCUCGAACCUACAGAGCGACUCGUCCAUAACGUCCAACCUGAGCGAGAAGAUGGCGGCGGCGGGCGGAGGCGGCGUGGCCAUCCUGCACCAGCGGCCGGCACCCAUACAGGAGUCCAUCGAAACGGCCAGCCUGCCGGCCGCCGGUGACGCCAUCGCCACAGCGCUUCCGGACUCCGGGUACAACAGCGCCACAGCAGCGCAGGCCGUGCAGGCGACCAAGGAGCUUCCCCCGGACACGAUCGAGGAGACCAACGAACCGCUGAGUGUCGCCUGGCCGGACACGUGGCGCGAGCGGUUCAACUACGUCGUCUUGGCGCCCAUCAUCUUCCCGCUCUGGCUCACCAUGCCCGACGUACGCAGGCCGGAGAAAGUGAAGUUCGUGGCCGGUUCCUUCCUGGGCAGCAUCGCGUGGAUCGCCAUCUUUUCCUACCUCAUGGUUUGGUGGGCCACCGUGGUCGGCCACACGCUAGGCAUCCCCACCGAGGUGAUGGGCCUGACCUUCCUGGCGGCGGGCACAAGCAUUCCGGACCUCAUCACGAGCGUCCUGGUUGCCCGCAAGGGCUUCGGCGACAUGGCCGUGUCCAGUUCCGUCGGAAGCAACAUCUUCGACGUGGCCGUUGGGCUCCCGCUGCCAUGGCUGCUGUCGUGCAUGAUAUACGGGCCUGUGAAGGUGAGCAGCAGCGGCAUGGCCUGCUCCAUCUUCAUCCUCUUCAUGAUGCUGCUGUUCGUGAUCAUCACCAUCGCGCUCUUCCGCUGGCGCAUGAACGUCGGCCUGGCGAUGGUCAUGUUCUUCCUCUACUUCGUCUUCAUCGCCUGCAGCCUCGUGCUCGAGUACGAAGUGGUGCGCUGCACCGACAUCAUCAAUUACCUGAGGAUCCGAUGAAGACGUUCUCCGCACUGUGCACCCUCCCUCUCCACCUUCCUCGAGUGUGCGCGCAAUGUGACGAUGGAACAGGAAAUGACGCGUGUCUUCUGCCGCAAUCUCCGAUGUGUCGCGGGUCUGCGUCCCAUACGAUACACACGGUUCUGGACGUGCCACACUGGGAAAACCGCCCGUUGCUCCUCAACGAUACAGCGGCGAAGGCUGUUCGGCCACACGCUUACAACGCUUGGAGGAGCUCGUAUGCAACGUGUGCCGUUGAGAACAGGCGUGACGCGACGAGCGAAGAGAAAGGAAGGGGACACGUCGUCGAUGACCGCGAUGACAGGCCAAUCAUCGACUACGACUGACACAACGCGACAUGUACUUCUGAGACGGGACUUCGCGGCGCAGAGGACAUCGCCUCGAAAGUCGGGGCAUCCAGUCAACUUUACAAGUGUGGUGACUGCCGCGAGACCGGUAUCCACAAACUUGCAAAGUGAGGUCCUUUCGUAGGGUGUUUAAGUGCUGGAAAAGUGCAGCGCCUCGGCGCCGAUACGUUAGCGAUGGCUUCACGUAUCAUCGUACGUGUGGCGAAAAUGGAAGAAAGAAAGUAUGCCACCUUAUCGCAAUGCAGGAAACCAGUACGGUGAAGAUCGCUGAUUAUCUCAAAGCCUGUUAAUUCUGCAGCAGCCUUGCGGUAGGUCUCCUUUUUAUGCAGGCCACUUGGAGGCGUGUUUCACAAACAACCAGACGGUUUCCUGCAGCUGUCGAUGAUGUUUAGGCGUACAACGUGGCGCUCAUUCUAUAGUGUUCGCGCGCCUUUUGCAAACGAUAAGAGUAUACGCCGUUUUCUCUCUGUCUUUAUCGCCUCGUAGCAACCCAGAGAUUUAUCGGCUGCCCACACAGCUGGAGUAACCGAUCACCUUGUCUCACGUUUGUGAGCAGCGCGACGCUUGUACCUCUAACGUCUCCUCGCUUGCGUGCUUUGCUUAGUCACUGAGGAGGCGACUCGCGCUCGCGACCAAGGCCGCGAAGAAAGGAAAUUCCGUGGCGUGUAGAAUAAGACACACACACACACAAAAGGAAAAGCGUCCCCUGCUCCGCUUCCAAUCCUCCGUGUGCGUCAGGUGGAAGCAACGCUCGAUUCUCGUGUCAGGUCGGGGUCUUCCAGCAGCUCGCUUCCAUCUAUCUAUACGUCCUCUUCUUUGUAUCGUGCGCUUCUGUUGGUCAGCGCCACCGAAACGCGGCCUCUGUGCCUCGCUUUGCGAAAGGGGCCACGUGAAACAAUGGCAGUCGGAACUGAGCUUCCUUCCCUCUUCAUCAGUCUGUCGCUCCACCCCACGCGGAAGUGCUUGUGGACGUGGCGUGGUGCAGACGUCUUCAGAUUAUUACCAACAGAUAUCCAGGAGAGCAAACACUUUACUUCUUCCGUUCGUCAUCCUAAGGAACAAUACUAAAGCCAUCCGGGACACACAUACGAGUAAUUCGGUUAAACCGCCUGAAAAAAAAAAAAAAUUAUAUGCUUGGCGCCUUACAAGCGGUCCCCAACCUUUCUGUUUAGGAUUACUGAGUUUAUUUAGAAGCUGCAGAGAGGGUUCUAACGCGGAUGAAAAACAGCGCUAUUAUAACUUGACUAUGCGUUGGUUAGAAGACGCUGUGUGUUCUUGUCGUCUUGAAGCUGAUACAGAAAAAAAAAGAGAGCGAUCGGCGCAGUUUCGGGCCAUCAGUAAGUUCGCUUUGAUAUUGGGCUGAAUUGUUGCUUUAUCUUGAGCCCACUAGGCGCGGAAAUUAAUUUUAUUUUGCGAGUAUUUUGACAUCUCGUGGAGUGACAAGCGCACAAGCGGCGCAUGUAACGAGAGCGACGCAAAAUUAGAGAACCUUGUCCUCUGGCAAAUAAGCGGUAUCGAAUCUGAAAUAGAUCGCAUCAGCACUCACAUAUGUCUAAGGGGUUCGGGGAAUAACAUCGAUUGUUAUAACCGUGAUGCUUCUUGUCCGCUUUAUUUUGAUGUCGCGGGUGCUUCUUUAUAUAUCUUCAUUUGUGUUCGUGCUAUAGGAACGGGAAUGUGUGUUAUACCAAGUGGUUACGGCGACGGAAACAACUAAUAGGCACAAUUACCCGCCCUUUGAGUAAGUGUACAGUAAGUACUCGAAACGCGUCCCGCCGUGCCAUAUAUAUAUAUAUGUUGUUCUAAAAUCAAUUGUUGAAAACUAUUGCAGCAAGCAGAAGAAAAAGAAACAGAAGAAACAGGGCACUUCGGCGUGAUGUGAAUUUGUUCUUACUGCAGCUCAGAUAUCAACUUCAAAGCUGACUUUCAUUGUUUUCUUUUUAUUUUCCGAUAUUUCUUUUAAAUACUUCCUAUAUUUGCAUCCAGUAAUGUUGGUGCUGUUGUGGCUACAAAUUAUACAUAUAAAAGAUGAUUUAAUAACAAUAAGUAAAUGAAACACUGCAUCAUUUUUGCUUCCAGCAAAAGUAUUAAUGAUAGAAACCGAGGACCAGAAACAGCACAGCUUCCAUAACGGUUUACCUUCGGUUUUUGUUGAGCCUCCGCAUAUACGCUGAUAAAAAAAAAAUACAUCGUGUUUUUCUCUACGCACCUGCGCAGAUCGCGGGUUCGUUUCAAACAGACGUAAAACUCCGACGUUCAGACUACGUACGGUGCGAAGGACUGAUCAUGGUCAUGACCCCCUUCCCUCCGCGUCACCUCUUCUCCCGUUCUCUACUUCCCCUCCGGUCUGCACAAUUCAUUCGCGAACAUCGUUCAAGCAUCUCGUUGUAGAGGCGUAGUCAUCGUCAUUCUCCCUGUGCUACCUUGACUAAAUUCAUUUAGGCAGUCUGUAGAAAGUCUAAAGAUGUUUUCCACGAGACAACGUCUAGUGACAGCAUAUUGGCUGUCCUUGAGCAUUUCUAUCAAGUAAUGACUCAGGAAGUUAUAUAAAGCCUUAGGACGUUAUGAACCACAAGUAGACUUACGAAAAGAGACUAUUUAAUGACUGGUCCAAGCAAGUACAAGAAAUUUGCAUAGCCAAAGGCAACGAGUCUGUGAGCAACAAAAGCACUCUACCAAACGUCUAUGGACACCCUACAGACUGUUUACGUAUUCAUUCUCGCAAAGAUACGUACUCUUCUAUAAGGGUACGGCGUCCACGCAUUGUUAGCCCAGGUCUCUCCACGUAGCCUUCCACAGAUGUCGCCCACAGCCUCCUUCGCGGCCAUAAUCACCAAGACCACCCGCCACCCCGAAAGCUUUCGCUUUUUAUUUCUUCUUCUUUUUGCCGAAACGUGUGUUUGUCGCUCGCUACAACUGAGGGCGACUCGCGUGAACCGUGUUGCUGCCAACCCAUUCCCCGGGGUGUAAAACCUAUGCCGUCGGUGUAUGGUCUACGAAUCCAUGCUCGGUUGCGAAGCUCCGGGUGCGCGAGCGAGAACCCGUCACGCCCUCUCGCGUCAACUGGAAGCACCCAGAGGAGCGUUCCACUCGCACGUCCUGCCGGAAGAAAACGGCCCAACGACGAGGCAGGCCUCGUCUGUGGAUUUGUAUUCCUGGUGCGGGGCUCCUUCUCACGUUGUUAUUCGCAGUGAAGGACUGUAUAAACUACUAUAUCUGCGCCUAAAAAAUAACAGUGGUUGUUGUUAACUAUUUGGUUUUUCUGUCCAAGUAGUGGGGGUCUUCGGAGGAUGUCCGUUAAAGAAAAGAAAAGUAAUGUUACUCGGAUUCUCUUCGAAGAGCACUCUUUAUCCGCCUGUGCUCAAAAGAAAGAACCAGAUGUUAUGACUUGUUGCAUGCGCGAGUGAGUUGUCCCCAGUAAAAAAAAGGGAGAAGUGGCGAUUUCGGUGUCUUUAAGUGUACAGCUGUGCGACUGCACGUUAGGGAGUUGUGGUAUAAAGCCUCGGUGCAUUCUUUGCCACCACAGCUUACUACUAUGCACUGUUAUGCAAGCGCUUUCGAGAAUGGCGAGGUCGCGCUAUUGACGUCUAUUCAUUUAUGCGUUUUACUCAAACCCUUGACGCUUCAAGUCGCUUCAUUGCGUGCCGCGGUAACAUGAAUAUCGGCGAUGGCUUUCCGUAGUGGAAGGUGGGUCGGUGUAAUGCGACCGAUUAUUUCUCGGUUCUGUUCCUGCUGUAUUGCAAGGGCUUUUAGCGAUCGCAUUUCGAGUGCGUUCCAGUCGUAUUCCAGUCCUCAUCAUACGGGCGUUAACAGUUGGCUAAAACUUCGCCAUUAUUGACGAAGCCUUAGCCAACUGACGAAGCUUCGCCAUUAUUUUCAGUUUCAUGGAAGUCGGUGCGGCUGAUAAUGAGAAAGGAACACAACCAAAGCAGAACGAUCCUUGCAAUCGCAAUGGCCUCUGGUUGCGUUCGACGCUUGUACUUUAUGCGAUUUGCCUUUGCUCUACUUACUUUAUUUGGAUGUCGCAGCGAAUACCGUAGCUUAUGGCGCCUUUUUUUAUUUGAACCGCGAAACCUUUAUGUAGAUGCUGUAGCUGGAAUCGCGUGAUUUCAGGCAAGGUUUGCCUUCGCUUGUCAUAAGCUGUACUAUUUGGAAGAAACAAAAGACGUUUCUGAAACGUCCAUGUGGUAGUAUAUAACCUGGUUAUACAGCGGCUUCAACCCAGUUGCGAAAAUGGAAUCGCCGCGAUAUGAUCGCCUCAAUAAAUAUGUAAUAAGUUUAAUUAAAGUUGUAACAAUAAUGAGUAUAACUACCUUAUUUAUUUUUUUGUAAAUUUUAUCACUACAUCACUGAUAACUGACUGUUCGAGUCGGCUUUAUAUUAACCGCUUUUGUGAAUUACAUUCAAACAGUCGUGCCAUUACAGCACCAUCUGUAAGCAGCAGUGCUUGCUGGCUACGGCUAGAAGUUCCUCGCCCCGUUCGCAGGGGUCGUCCAGCAUCAAACGAAAAUCGGAAGCAAGUGCAGCCUUAAGUCGAUCGGCCUCCGCUGAACGUCUUUUCUGGAUUGACGGAGCUUAGAGCUCCCGAUAAACGUAAGCCUUCAUAAUAUUUCAAAUAAAUUUCACACCGUUCCAAGUGAAGCAUUGCACAAUUUAGAAACUGCGCAUUUAAUUCACGAUAAAUAAUUCAGCACAGGCUCACUACAGUUCACUACAGUCCUUGAAAGUUCCCGCUUCUUCAAAGACAGUCGAAUAGAAAACAAAAUCUAUUUUUUAAUAUAACUAUACCAUGUUUUCCAAUCGUGAAUUCUAUCUGACCCCAAACCUCAUUCCUGGGUAAGAAAAAAAAAGCUGCUUUAUAUAUUAUCCAGGUAAAGUCAUUGGGAAGUCGGAAGUAACGCAAUGUUCAGUUACAUUACAUUGCAAAUUUCAUUGGUCUUCACCUUAGAUUUCGAAAAUUAGCUAAACGUCUCAAUGACAGCUAUCAGAAGAACAUCCAUAUUUCAUUACACCUAUCGGACUGAAAGGACUGACACAGGAAAGAUAGAGCCCCAAUGACAAACUUAACGCUGUUUUAAGAUUCUAUCGCACGCUGACAAAUAAGUAGUGCGCUUUCUUGACAUACCACGAACGAGAUGGGAAGCGAGUAUUGAGUUCAUGCCUAUAGGCGUGACCGCAUUAAGCAAAACCACAUACUUCGACGGCUCUAUUGUUUUUCUGCUGACGUGACAUAGCGCCCACCUACGCGUACGUUAACAUCGCUAAAGCCAAUUUAUAAAACCGUCGAAGCUUUCACUUGGAACGGUUGGUUCACUGUAGAUAGACGAACACUGCGUCUUUCUGUUCUGUUAAAGUCAUGGCCACGGCGUCUUGACUGCGAAGGCUAUGAGUAUACACGCUGUAUACAUUUAAGCCCGAGUGACGCAGGCGAGUCUGGCACUCGCUUCAAAAUACGCUCAAGAGAAACACGCAUCCGUGAACAUAUCAUCGAACAACGUCUAGCGCCGCCGCGUCGAUAUCAGCCCUUAAGCAACGCCGAACAGAACACACUCAGGCGCUCAGCAAAGCGGAAAUAGACACGAAUGAAGAGCACUAUCUGCGAAUAGGUUUGCACGCUAUUAUAAUUAUCUUGGCUGUCGAUUGUAACGAGAAACUUCCCGGAAACAAUGUAGUACCCGCAUAACUAAAACACGCAAGGACUCGUCGGAAAACGACACGACAUUCGCGAUGCUUGUCCGGAAUCUGAAAGUCGCAAAACGCGGUUAGACGCAAAUAGUCAUGUCUAUGUAUCUCUCUUUUUAUCCCUUCUUCCGGUGCGAGGAACCAUUGACUCGAGCAAAGGCUGUUAUGAGAUUUGGAAUGCGGUGCCCGGCAGUGGUGGCGAACAGCAUACUCAAAGCAAUACCACAUUGAUCACACAACGUCUGCGUGCUUGGAGCGGGAGCGUCACGCAAGUCGGCUGAGGUUGACGCAAACGUGAACGCGAUCGAUGUCGCUUACCGACUGCGACAACACACUUCGAGAUAACGGAAGUUCUGCGCACAUUAACCGGCGAGGUCACGCGCGAAUGCCGAAAGCGUGUUGAAAACCAUGAUCUGAAAAAUAUAUAUAUCGUGCUAAGCGUCGCCUCCAAUGAAGUGCAGAAACCCGGUUUGAAUCGGUACGCUGAAGCCAACGGGGAAGUUUUUAUCUGUAGGAUUUGUGUGCUAGAGUCGCAACUAGACGGUCUAGAGCAGGAGAAGGAUAAGCUAGCUAAGCGGGUUGGAAAGCUAGAACAGCAAGCCAGCGGACGGCCCUGCCACAUGACGUCAUGGCUCAAAGCACACAGGCGUUCUAUUAUCCAGAAGGCGUUGCUUGUCGCCGUCACCGCUUGAUUUUGCGGGUUGUCUGGCCACUUGUCUGACGUCAGCGCUCUGACAGCAAAGGCGUUCGCUGUGUAAUCUAGGUGGUGGCGCCUUUGAAGGUCACGCAAGCGGUGUAUGCAGACCAGUACCGGGCAUGUCGCACUGGUGCCGAAUUCCUACCGCACUUAAUCGUGGCUCACUCAGCACUGGAGACGGGGACAAUGUAAGUGCAAUGUUGCGGCGACGUGUCAUUGUGCGUGACAAAUGUGACGCAACAUUGGUCUUACAUUGGCACUGCUUCCUGCGCUGCUGUUGAUCGCCGAUUGUCGCUGAUGGUCGCUGAAAACAAGCCUUUCUUCGGAGAGUAAAACCCAAGCCGCCAACAUGGCUUUCUCAAUAUAGGAGACCGCGUUUUAGAAGCGCGCUUUCGUCUGCAAAGCGAGAGGGCAGGCCAAUACCAGAGUCCUUCGAUACUCUGCCAAUAGGUUGCCAACCUAACGACAGAGACGUAUAUAGCGCCGUCGCUAUACAGAAACUAAGCGAAUUCAUGCGUGUGAUUGCAGGACAUUCUCUCGUACAUGCCCAUAUCUGUGGCUGAGCCUUGUUUGAACUCACUGAAGUUGGUGCCUCAUCACCGCGUGUACACAUUGGUAAGAAAGUCUACAUAGUCUGUACAUACGUACUGUGACCGUUGAAUGUAUCCCUUGAGUGUGAGUUCGACCUUGUCUCCUUGAACACGUGUGUGUACAUCCAUCGUAGAGACGAGCAGUACAGUACAUCGAGGUAGCGUCCCUCAGGUGAAAAAUCUCCUUCUCUUAACUAGUAGUAUUCACGGUGCAGACUAGAGGCCGCCGUGUCCACUCGAGUGCAUCAAUGCGAAGGCUAUCAAGUGGUCUUCUCUUCCCUUCGGCUUGAUUCGAAGGGGCUAAAGAUGUCUUCGGGGUGCGUUGGUUGAAUGUAGCGAACGCGCAAGCGGCUCCGCUUCUAGUGUGAAGCUACAAGACUGUGCGCACAUAAUAGCAGUAUCUUUUAUUUGUACCUCGAAGCAAAAGUUCACUGGUGAACAAGUAUGAGAAGCAGGAAGCCGCCUGCAACCACACAUCCAAGGUGUUAUACUAGUUCUGUCAGAGGGAGCGCUUCUAUUGCAUCGUGUCUACACUGUGUUCGCUGCUGGUCAAAUCGAAUGCUCAAUGCCGAUUUUUAACGGCUUGAUUAAACGGGCUUAGCAAGACGUCGAAAUAGCACUAAUGUAGAAUGGCAAUACAUAGAUCCAUUGAUCAGUUUAAAUUAAGAAAGUUAAUAAGUGAUGGCUGUGAUGUGAACGUAAAGCUUCGAGGUACAAAUGCCUAAUCAGUCGCAUUGGGCUUCAAGAUGAUGCUUCGAGUAGUCGUUACAAUUUCUUGUUGAUGUGUCUGCGCCAGCGCAAACGAAACAUAGCUGCACUGAGCGUAGAAACGCCCAGACGUCAGUGCAACUGUAGCCAAAGUGUUCUUUUUUAAAUUGUUAUGUUCCAUCCAAAACACGUACAAAAGAUACCGAAGUUGCGUCUGUCGGUAAUGCGAGCUUCCACAAAAAAAAUAGUUGUGCGCGCUUUAUUAUGUGUACUCCCGUACGGUUGUUUGUUUAUCCCGAUUGUUAUCUGGCUCUCGUGAGCGAUGUCAGAAGUUUCGUAGUUGCUCGCUGGGUGUAUAGGUCGACGAAAAGGCACUAGCAGUGGAAUGAUGUUGAAAAAUUGCCUCCAGAAUUGGUGCGAGCCUCAAUUUGUAAGACAAUGACAGUCGAAAGCCGAUGAUGCUGGCAGUUGACGGACGCCUGAUGACGCUGUUACGCAGCACUUAUCAGUACACCCCCAAAGUUUUCUUUUUGCUGACAAAUAUUUCUUCUCGUCACUCUGCAUGUGCCAUUUCUUGUUAUGUACCUUGUGCUUCGUCGACAAAAUGUUGACGUAUAUGUGUCUGAACGCACCAGAUGUUAUGGGCCUCCCCAUUGACGUAUUAUACAAUUAGCUAAAGCGCGCGAGUAAUUUGCUGUCGCGGUGAGAGAAUGCAACGAUAUAGGACAUGAUAAGUUGAGUGAUGUUAUCAAGCGUCUUUUUUUUUUUCAUAGCCGCAACCCUAUUUCGAAUUGUUCGCCAGAGUGAUUAUUCACUUCCGCCGCUGGUUAUUGAGAGAAUAUGCCGAGAGUCAUGGUGCUGAAACGGCGAUAAGUUUGUUUCGCCAGUCGUUGAGAUAACUCCCUAUUGAAUACGGUCGAAAGUAGAAUCCACAGUGUUAACGAAGGAAUUAUCGUGCACUACGCGUAAGACGAUAGAGCACGGGAAGAGUAGCGCUGGCUUCUCGCGAACCAACGUUUCGGGCGAGACGCGACCCGUGCGACAAUGACAUUGCGCAACCAAUCGACGUCGCUCCAAUGAACACGGUAAGAAAACUUCGUUCUCUUUCACUGUAUCCUGUACCAUACACACGUGUAGUGUACCAUACCAUCUAUCUAUUAGACAGUCAAAUGAAACCAGAAAGGUACACAGCGGUAGUAAUAUAUAGGUACGUUUUCAUUUCAAGAUAUCGCCUUUCGCGUCGUCCGUGUCUUUUCUAGCCCAUGUGCUGACAUAGUUAGCUGCUAUAGUGAGACACUUGCCAUGCUGUUGCGUAUAGCCCGCAUCGCAAGGUACGCGCCGAUAAAAUCCUUCGCGAAUGUGUCGGCCUCGAGUGCGAAAAAGGAACCUCUCGAUAAAACCUAGCUGAAUAAGUGAACGUACACGAUAUAUAGUCCGACUCUUCCUCUGCACGACUAUUAAACAGUCGUGUUGAUUACACUCAUGUUACGAGAAGUCUAUAAUAUCGGCCGUGUCACGAGUGAUUUUAUCGACGUACUUCGCGAUGUAAAGCGACAAGGCAUAUGUACACAAAAAUAAAGCAUAUAUGUGGCGUCAAAUAAUAUACAAACGAACGAACCUUGUAUAUAAUAUACGAUAGCCCUGCACGCUUUUGUGGGGGAAUGAAGACGAUGAACGAAGAAAAAGAAAAAGAAAAGAAAAACACGUUUGAGACAAGCAAGGUGAGAACGCAGCUUUGGUUGCUUGUUAACGUUGCCUCGGUAAUACGAUGUGCCGCGCACGGUGAUGCAGGUCGCGUGCAUAACGCCCGUGUUGACCGUAUUGCCAGAGAUGUAUAUUGACAGCAAACACAAGAGAAGCCGUAACAGUGGGAAAUGGGCUUGGCGUCCCGUGAAUUUUGCCUCCUGGCUUGCAAAACGGAAGGUCGUGUUUCUGAAUGCGCUUCCGUUGAGCCUUUCGUUACACGACCUAAGCACGAAAAAAAGAAAAAAAUCUGUGACUAGUUUUGACACAAUACAGAGGUUUCUCCUCGCUUCCUGUCCCAAACUCCUCUCCUUGAUUCCGCAUUCAAUUACUCGUUCAUCUGAUCCCUUAUAGUACGUGAGAUGCCGAAUAAACUGUGUGCGGCGAAAGCACACGUAAAGUGUAAGGAGUGCCCUUUCCCAUCUAAUAGUGCCUUGAUUGCAAGUCGGUGUGUGACCAGAGUCAAGAUAUAUACUUCGCAGAGAGAUAUCGUUUACUAGAUAGAUAGAAGACUUUCGGGCCGGGCAAAAUUGAAAUAACGUCCAUGUAUGUACUAAGAGUACUUGUAUGGUGAUGUGCAAAACCAUCGGAGGAGGUAUACGGGAACGCUUUACGAUGGCAAACAUCAAAUGCUUUGACAAUAAAGCGCUCUUUUUCCACAAGUCCGCUGAGGGCGAAACUCACGGCAUGCCAAGGCUCCUUUCUCCCAGUCUAUGUGCAUAAUUGUUGUACAGCGUGUACGCCAUGCGGAUGCUGGAAUAAAGUGCUAAUAAGACUGAAAA